ACUGAGAAGUUCUGUGGGGACGCCGGCCAGGGCGGGGCUGGGAACUGGCUGAAGUACAUCCGAGUGUCCUGCUCCUGCGCCGAGCAGAACCUGGCUGUGUGCCACAUCAACGAGCAGGUCUAUUAUAAAGUUAUUAAAGAGAUUGAGCCGGGGGAAGAGCUCCUGGUGUGUCUGAAGGAAGGAGGUUAUUCCCUCGGGAACAUGGCACCCAGCAUGGAAGAGGAGCCCUCGUUCCGCUGCGAGGACUGCGAUGAGCUCUUCCAGUCCAAGCUGGACCUGCGGCGCCACAAGAAGUACGGCUGCGGUGCCGUGGGGGCCCUGUACGACAGCCUCAGCGACGACAUCAAGCAGGAAGGGCUCGGAGAUGGACAGGUCUACGAGUGCAAGGACUGUGAGAGGAUGUUCCCCAAUAAAUACAGCCUGGAGCAGCACAUGGUGAUCCACACCGAGGAGAGGGAGUACAAGUGUGACCAGUGUCCCAAGGCUUUCAACUGGAAAUCCAACCUGAUUCGUCACCAAAUGUCUCACGACAGUGGGAAACGGUUUGAAUGUGAAAACUGUGUGAAGGUGUUUACGGACCCCAGCAACCUCCAGCGGCACAUCCGCUCGCAGCACGUGGGGGCGCGGGCCCACGCCUGCCCCGACUGCGGCAAGACCUUCGCCACCUCCUCGGGCCUCAAGCAGCACAAGCACAUCCACAGCACUGUCAAACCUUUCAUAUGUGAGGUCUGUCACAAAUCCUACACGCAGUUCUCCAACCUGUGCCGCCACAAGCGGAUGCACGCGGACUGCCGCACCCAGAUCAAGUGCAAGGACUGCGGGCAGAUGUUCAGCACUACCUCCUCCCUCAACAAGCACCGGCGCUUCUGCGAGGGCAAGAACCAUUACAGCCCCACCGGCAUCUUCGCCCCCGGCCUCCCCCUCACGCCCAGCUCCAUGAUGGACAAAUCCAAGCCCUCUCCCAACCUCAACCAUGCCAGCCUGGGCUUUAACGAGUAUUUCCCGUCCCGCCCGCACCCCGGUGGGAUCCCGUUCUCUCCAGCCCCUCCAGCCUUCCCCGCCCUCACCCCGGGAUUCCCGGGGAUUUUUCCGCCUUCUCUGUACCCCAGGCCCCCCUUGUUGCCACCCACGCAACUGCUCAAAAGUCCCCUCAACCACACUCCGGACGCGAAGCUCCCCAGCCCCCUCGGGAACCCGGCGUUGCCCCUGAUCUCCGCAGUGAGCAACAGCAACCAGGCUCCUUCAGGGGAGGAGAAAUGUGAAAGCAGCCUGGAAAACUCCUACCUGGAGAAGCUAAAAGCCAGGAACAGUGACAUGUCCGAUGGCAGUGACUUUGAGGAUGUCAAUACAACCACGGGCACGGAUCUGGACACCACGACUGGCACCGGCUCUGACCUGGACAGUGACGCGGAGAGUGACAGGGACAAAACGAAAGACAAGAGCAAACAAAUGGAGACCAAGCCAGAUUUUGUCAGCAGCUCGGUGUCUGCCAGUUCCACCAACACCACGAGCGAGAUCCCUCUCUUCUAUUCUCAGCAUUCCUUCUUUCCUCCCCCCGAGGAGCACCUGCUGCCCACCACGGGCGCUGCCAAUGACUCUAUUAAAGCUAUCGCCUCCAUCGCAGAGAAGUAUUUUGGGCCUGGCUUUAUGGGGAUGCAGGAGAAAAAGAUGGGUUCGCUCCCAUAUCAUUCCAUGUUCCCUUUCCAGUUCCUCCCCAAUUUCCCUCACUCCCUCUACCCUUUCACGGAGCGGGCCCUCAAUCACAACUUGCUGGUCAAGGCAGAACCAAAGUCACCCAGGGACCUCCACAAAGUCGGUGGCACCAGCUCGGAGUCCCCCUUCGAUCUCACAACGAAGCCAAAAGAGAUUAAGCCAAUCCUGCCGCCCCCCAAGGUCCUCCCAGCCCCGUCCUCAGGGGAGGAGCAGCCACUGGAUCUGAGCAUUGGCAACCGCAUCCGAGCCAGCCAGAACGGAGGGAGAGAGCCACGGAAAAACCACAUUUAUGGGGAGAGGAAGCUGAUGGCAAGUGAGGUCUUACCUAAGAUUUCCCAGUCCCAGCUGCCUCAGCAGCCUUCCCUGCACUACGCUAAGCCAUCGCCCUUUUUCAUGGACCCCAUCUACAGGGUGGAGAAGCGGAAGGUGACAGACCCCGUGGGUGCCCUCAAGGAGAAGUACCUGCGACCCUCCCCGCUGCUUUUUCACCCCCAGAUGUCGGCCAUCGAGACGAUGACGGAGAAACUGGAGAGCUUUGCAGCCAUGAAGGCCGACUCUGGCUCUUCCCUGCAGCCCCUUCCCCACCACCCCUUCAACUUCCGAUCGCCGCCGCCCACGCUCUCCGACCCCAUCCUGCGCAAGGGCAAGGAGCGCUACACCUGCAGGUACUGUGGCAAGAUCUUCCCACGCUCAGCCAACCUGACGAGGCAUCUGCGGACACACACUGGGGAGCAGCCUUACAGGUGA